ACGUUUAAUUAUUGAUUAUAGAAUAUCGGAGCGUGGUACGCGCGUGUAUUAGAGGGAAGUGAAAUAGCAGGGAUUUAUCCAAGUAAAAGAAUCUUUUGAGAUUUGAGAACGAAUCCAAGUGGAGAGCCUGUUCUUGAGAUAUGGAGUGGGAGUGUGCAUAGCAUACACCAAUUUUUCAGGUAACUCUUUCUAUAAAUGCUCUUUACAAAAUUAAGAACACCAGAAAACUGACUUUCAGUGCUGAGAUAUUUAAGAGUACAUCAUGGGGACAUAUUCCAAUAGAAACCAUCUGAUACCAGAGGCUAGCACAGGGGCAUCCCUUCCACAUUUUGCUUGGUUUUAUCCUGGAAGUUUCUAUUCUGCACCAAAAACUAACUCAAUUCAUUCCCAAGGAUCUCAAAUUGACGAACCAAUUCUACCUGUUCCUCCUAUUUGUUCUAUUGCUCCUGCAGCUGAGCCAGCAAAGAAUAACAACUCAGGAGCUAAACCCGCAAAAGCUAGGAAACAGAAGCCUUCUGCAAAGGGUUCUAACCAAAUUCCCUCCAAGACAUUUAAGCUGAAGCAACCCAGAAAGACUUCCAAAAAGAAAGGGCAAAGCAUGCCCGAAGCAAAACGUGAAAAAAGGAAUAUCAAUGUUGAUAUUGGUAGAAUGAACUUUGAUUUAUCUGGAGUGCCUUCUCCAUUUUGCUCCUGCACAGGCAUGCCUAGAGUUUGCUAUAAAUGGGGUGCUGGUGGAUGGCAAUCUUCAUGUUGCACUACUAAUAUAUCUGAGUAUCCUCUCCCUAUGAGUGCUGCAAGGCCUGGGGCCCGCAUGGCUGGGAGGAAAAUGAGUAAUGGAGCAUAUUUGAAACUUCUACUGAAACUGGCAGCUGAAGGGUACGACCUUUCUCAUCCAGUUGACUUGAAGGAGCACUGGGCUAGACAUGGUACUAACAAGUUUGUUACAAUCAAGUAGAGGUGUGGAAAGUUGGUAUUUAGACAUAAAGAUUACCAGUAUGUAUAAUUCCCAUCGUUUCCAGUUAAGAUUUAGUUAAUUGCUAUAUCCUAUGGAUGCUUCAAUGUGGCUUGUAAAUAUAGCUUCCCUAAUGCUUAGUUUCUAGAACCUUAUCUUCAUUUCUCCUUGAGGUAGUGCUUUGCAAGAAGAAACCCGUUAUCGUUAGAUAAUGUGCUUAUUUUAGCAUCUUUCUAGUA